AUGAUGCUUAGCUCAGACCUGCCAGAGCUGCCUCUCCACUCAGAAACGGAAUCCAGUGGCGGGUUGGGGGACAUGGCGCGGGGUUUAGAGCCAGGGGAACCCACAGGCCGUCGCGACCUGGUGCAGCUGAGCCGUGAGGAGCGGAGACGCCGGCGCAGAGCCACAGUCAAGUACCGCACAGCCCAUGCCACGCGGGAGCGGAUCCGCGUGGAGGCCUUCAACUUGGCCUUCGCAGAACUGCGCAAGCUGCUGCCCACGCUGCCCCCAGACAAGAAGCUGUCCAAGAUCGAGAUCCUAAGGCUGGCCAUCUGCUACAUCUCCUAUCUGAACCACGUGCUGGAUGUCUGAGGCCCGUCUCCGCCCCUCCUCCCCUCCUGUACCCCAGACUCCAGCAUGAGGAGCCCUCAGGUGCAAACCUCAGCCCUGGGGAGGUGUGGGGGCUCCAGGUGGUCAGUGCAGCUGGUGAGUAGCAGCAGCUGCUGUGGGGUGGUCACUGUAUUCUCAGAGCCAGUCACAAAAGGUGUCCUCUCUUUCACUCUGCAUCAACCCCUAAUUGCCUCCAAUCUUUCCACCUUCU